AUGGCAGUGGCGGCUGUGAGGACGGCAGCUACAACUAAUGCUGCAAUCUUCUCUUCUUCCCAUCAAAGUUUGCCAGUAAAUCCUGUUGCUUCAAGCAGUAGUUCCAGUGUCUCCGUUGCGAGCAAAUGCGCUUCGAAGUUUCUAGGAGCUUCAUUGCGAAGAUGCCAUCCAAUCAAGAGGAAGACGGCUGGGAGUUCUGGAACUGUUAAAGCUGCUGCUGCAACUGUUGUAGCAAGUCCUGAUGAGGAAAUUCAAGAGUAUUCUCUUCCAACAUGGGCUGCAUUUGACCUUGGAAGAGCUCCAGUUUAUUGGAAAACCACGAACGGUCUUCCUCCAAUGGCUGGAGAGAAAUUAAAACUUUUCUACAAUCCAGCUGCAACUAACCUCACUCCAAAUGAGGAUUUUGGGAUAGCUUUCAAUGGAGGUUUCAAUCAGCCCAUCAUGUGUGGUGGCGAGCCUAGGGCGAUGCUUCAGAAAGUUCGUGGCAAAGCCGAUCCCCCAUAUUACACUAUUCAGAUAUGUGUUCCCAAGCAUGCUGUAAAUUUGAUAUUUUCCUUCACAAAUGGAAGUGAGUGGGAUGGUCCAUACAGAUUGCAGUUUCAAGUUCCAAAGCAAUGGCGAAACAAGCCCAUCGACUUUUUUAAUGAGGGCCUUGCUGGGGAGUUGAGUAAAGAAGGCGCAUGCGAAAGAGCCAUCUUUCCAGAUACAAGUGUUGUUGUCACAAGAUGUGCUAUUGUCAGUAACCUAUCUGCGGAAGGAGCAGAUCGCUGCGAACUGAACUUAGUACCAGGAUGCAUUGAUCCAAGCUCGCCAUUGUUUGAUCCAAAUGCCAAUGUGGACGAUGGAUCUUGCCCGCCUUAUUCAGACUCUGAGGAGUAA